UUUUUGCUGUUGGACAUCCAACUUGGUGAAUGAGUUGUCUCCCGGUGCAGAAAGAAAAAAAGAAAUUGUUAAAAAUAUAUAUAUAUAAUAACUGAUACUUAGUCAAUUUGGGUCAAAGUCAAGCUACAUUACCCAACCAUUCGACAUAUUUCAUCUGGAAUCAUGGCUCCUAAGGAUUAUUUAGCUGAGAAAGGUAUGUUGUAAUUUACUAGCUUGCUGAAGUUAGCUAGUAGCGCGCUAGGCACUUUCAUUUUGAGUACGGAGGCUAGUAGCAUGCUCACUAAAGUAACCACGUCUGAGUAACAGGGAGUGUAAGGAACCAUGCUAUUGGCCUUUGGAAUUACUUGAUAAAUAGCUUGCUAACCAACAUUUGAUUUUAUUAGCGAAUAUGUAUGUUUUUUGGGGGGUAAAUUGGUUGACUAGUUAACUAGCUAAUCGGUUACUUGAUGAUGGUCUUUCUGACUGCUCAGCCAAGAAGCCAACAAUAAGAGUUAAUAUCUAGCUAGUAACUACUCAACUGUAAACUGUUCAGGCUUGGUCGCCCCUAACUCAAUAAUGGAAUAAAGGAGCCUAACGUUACUCUUAUGUCUAGGGACCUUAACUACAUGUUCUGUUUAAAGACUGGCUCUGGAAACCAAAACAGCCAAAUACUCGUUCUAAACGAGUUACGGUUAUAGAAACACAAAUUCCUAUACUUUGAUUUAAGUGUGAGCGCGUUUAUGACGUCCCUCUUACGUUUACACACGGGAGUUAGUAUACGCAGAUAGCUAACAUUAGCUCAUUAGUACAGGUAGUCGACUCUUACUUAUACUUCCAAAUGCAUACCGCAAAUUAUGCGUAUUAAUGUUAAGGCCGAGCGUCCGGGCUCUUAAAAAAGAAAACUCCCCUUCGUCCAAUGACUAUGUAUGGAACUGAGUCAUGAUCAUUGGCUGUCGACCCUUACACAGCACUAUCUGGCAACUUGUGAAGUUUUGGCAGUUUAAAUUUUGGGCAAGUAUACUGGUUGGGGGUGGCUUGCAUGUUACCUAGCUAGCUUCAGUAUUAUUUAUAUAUAUAUAUAUAUAUAUUUUUUUUUUUUAUGUACUAGCUUCAAUUCUCAGUAACCCGGAUGGAACUCAAGAGGACAAAGAAUUACGCGCUAGGAGCACAUGGUCCAGGGGCGGAGAAAGAGAAUGCUGGGGGUUGCACUGAUAGUGAACGAUAAAACUCCCCAAUACUAAAAAAGUGACUCAAUUAAUCAAAGAGAAGCGGUAACAAAUUUGGUACAUUUCAUUUGCACAAUUUGAUAGUGGAAUGGAAUAAAUGGCUUGCCAGUGGCUAGCUAGCAAUCCACACGCAUUUUCGCCAACGACACGCUUCUCAUCCGCCGGAGUAGGCUAUUCUUUGUUACAGGCAGCUGCAAGUAUGGGCGUUAUGUUGUUUAUCCGUUCCUAGCUACUGCUGGUCUAAAGUCCACGCUAACGUAACGGUGAAUUUGACCAUGGCACGUCAAUACACUGGUAUUGAAACGGAAUUAUGUUUUGAAGCGAUAACUAACGCAAUCCCCCAGUUAAAUUGGGACUAUUUUAUGAGCAAUGGGAUAGCGGAUGAUUCCUCGGAGUGACCAAACUCAAAGCCAUGUGCUGCUUUGUUUACAAAAACAUUCCAAAUGCAGAAUAAUUUUGAAGAGAUUGUUGUUUUGGCCUCUACUAAAGUAAGUCAAAUAUGGUUAUUGUGUAGCUGGAGAUUGGUUUUGUUUUGAGGUGUCUAAAAUACAGAAUGGUCUCAAAGUACAGUUCACAUUUGUAGAGAAGUGGGGGUUAUUUCCCCAAAAAUAGACACGAUUUUGUUGUUGGCGUGCACUGCUAACCAAACCUGUAAUUGUUACCAUGUUGUAAAGGUUUGAAUGCACCCAUUAAUUUGGAAAACAACAUUUGAUGCCCAUGUCCGAGUUAAAGGGACAGUACUUCGAUGACUCAUCGAGAUUCUGUGGGAUGCGAUGUUACUCAACAAAGGGGAUUGUCAGAGGACAACAUAGCUUGCAGUAUGUAGGCCCUGGACUGCAAUGAUGUUGAUGGCAAUUUUAAAACGACGGGGGAAAACACAAAUUAUACAUCUCAUUAACUGAUAAUUGUAUUGAAACUGAAAGCAAUUCAUUGUGGAUGGCGAGCUAAAUUUGAUUGUUCACUCAGUUUGAGACAAGUCCUCUUGUUCAGACCCAGGCUUUGCUCUGUCUAUAAUAUUGAUAAUAUUAAAUAUGCACUGUUAAAUACGCUGUUGUCUCUUUCCCACAGAGAAAUGCAAGAAGUUCCUUCAAGAGUUUUACAGUGAGGAUGACAAUGGAAAGAAGGUCUUCAAAUAUGGAGCUCAGCUUGUGAGUAUUUUUAUUUAUUUAUUUAACUAGGCAAGUCAGUUAAGAAGUUGUGGUCCUCUGUAGCUCAAUUGGUAGAGCAUGGCACUUGUAACGCCAAGGUAGUAGGUUCGAUCCCCAGGACCACCAAUACGUAAAAAUUUAUGCACACAUGACUGUAAGUCGCUUUGGAUAAAAGCGUCUGCGAAAUGGCUUAUUAUUAUUAAGAACACAUUCUUAUUUACAAUGACGGCCUACACCGGCCAAACCCGGACGACGCUGGGCCAAUUGUGCGCCGCCCUACGGGACUCCCAAUCAGCCUGGAAGUGAUACAGCCUGGAAUUGAACCAGGGGGUCUGUAGUGACGCCUCAAGCACUGAGAUGCAGUGCCUUAGACCGCUGGCACUGACAUUCAUGACCCUGUUCUGUCUGUAACACCUCAACACCAGUCUUUCUUCUUCAUCAUUUGUAACUUAGUCCAUGAUCUAAUAUGAUAAGUGGUUCUAAACCAUGAGGUGCGUAAAUUAUUAUGGAUAAAGUACUCGAAGUGAAAAACAAGUCGUCACAGUAUUUGUCUGGGCGAGCCUGGAGGCCACCAUAUUCCUCCCCUGCCAACACACUGAAUGGUUGAGUGAAAAGGCACAGUAAUACAUUGCAUUAUUUUGAAGAAGAGCACCUGAAAGCUGAAACCUAUUGGUUCUACUCUUUGCAAUAAAUACGCUUUUUUAUUUAAUUACUUUUGUCCUCCCAAGUGUUGCUGAAUCUCCUCGCUACCUCAGAUUGCUCCUCAACUCAUGCACCUUGAUUGGAAAGCGAGGUAGUGGCAGUGACCCCUUGACCAAUGACUGAUGGGCAGGAACGGUUGUCGUUGUGUGCAGAAAAGGGCUGUGCAACAAAUGUAAAUAUUCUAUGGUCCCUGAUAGCAGCCCUGUUUUCUGUAGGUUGCCCUGUCCCACAGGGAGCAGGUGGCUUUGCAAGUGGACCUGGACGAUGUGGCCGAGGAGGACCCAGAGUUGGUGGAGAGCAUCUGUGAGAACGCCAAACGCUAUAUGGGCCUGUUCGCCGAUGCAGUCCACGAGCUGCUGCCUGAGUACCGCGAGAGAGAGGUAUUUUCUGUCCUGCUUGACUUGGAUAUUGAUUCUGAUAAGGCAGUUGCUAAUCAUGUUAGUUUUGAGGAUUAAGUAACCUGUAAAACAUUGAGUCUAACUGCCCCAAUACCCGUCUCUUCUUUCUCCCAGGUGGUGGCGAAGGAUUCCCUGGAUGUGUACAUUGAGCAUAGGCUGAUGAUGGAGCAGAGAGGUCACGACACCGCAGACAACAGGGACCCUCGCAACCAGUACCCAGCCGAGCUCAUGAGGAGAUUGUAAGUUCACUUAGCUAGCAUGUUUGCCAUUGUCUCUGAGUUGGAACUGGACAUGAACCUGGAUGAAUUACUUAGAAAAGUGAGAAAUGAAGGACUGAUUGACUGGAUGCAUGUUCUACAAGAUACUAGCCAUAGCCAUUCAGCUCAUGACGGCUGAUUUACGUAUUUAGGCAACAAGGAAUAACAAUUAUGGCAUCCCCUCUGACUGAUCUCUCUCACUCAGUGAGCUCUACUUCAAACCGCCCAGCACUGCCAAACCCAAAGUGGUCCGUGAUGUCCGUGCAGACAGCAUUGGCCAGUUGGUGACAGUUAGGGGCAUCGUGACCCGUGCCACUGAGGUCAAACCCAUGAUGGCAGUCGCCACUUACACCUGUGACCAGUGUGGCGCAGAGACAUACCAGCCGGUAAGCGAUUGGCAUCCUCUUGUGGUAUUUUUUUAUUGUAUCAACUUGUCAAGGAAACUUGAUAAACUAUAUAAGGAAAGAAAUACAGUCAGUAUUGACUUGAACUCAUAGGAGGGCUGGGUAAAUGCAUUAAACACUGUGUCCGGUACAGAAACAUUUCAGAUCUCUCAGUUCCUUUCCUUGUGCUAACCCAGACACCUCCCUGUCUUAUCAGAUCCAAUCCCCCACAUUCAUGCCCCUCAUCAUGUGUCCCAGUCAAGAGUGUGUCACCAACAAGUCAGGUGGCCGCCUCUACCUCCAGACCCGAGGCUCAAAGUUCGUCAAGUUCCAGGAGCUGCGCAUACAGGAACACGUAAGGACCUUUUGACUAAGGAAUCUGAAAUUCAGCAACACAUUCAAAUCACGUAGCUCUCCGGCAUGACAAGUUGAAGGUAAAUAAACAAGCACAAGUCAGACUAAUGCGUUUGCGCUGGUUUGAAACCCUAACUAACCUGUGCCUCCAUCCAUCUCCAGAGUGACCAGGUUCCUGUGGGGAACAUCCCCAGGAGCAUGACCAUCUACACCCGCGGGGAGAACACGCGUGUGGCCCAGCCCGGAGACCACGUGGCUAUCGCUGGCGUCUUCCUCCCUCUGCUGCGCACUGGCUUCAGGCAGGCUGUCCAGGUGUGUGCACUCAAACACGUUACAAAGUUUCCUUAAACCUUUUUUGAGAAUUAUCCUAAAGUUUAACAACAUUAAAUACUAUAAGUUGGAGAAACUGUGGAAUUUUACUUGCCUGAAAUGUAAAGUAAGACUUGUUCAAGCCAGAACGGCCCAUAGGGCAGGAGUUUGUCUCCUGUUUCUGUAGCCUGAGGCUACUGAUGUACAACUACAUCCCCUGGACAGCAGGCUUCUUGGCUGGCUGAGAGGUGCUGCUGUUGUAAUGUGACUGAUUGUUUCUCUCCCUCUCAGGGUCUGCUUUCAGAGACGUACCUGGAGUCCCACAGCAUCACUCUGAUGAACAAGACCGAGGAUGAUGAGCUGGGCACAGCAGAGCUGAGUGAGGAAGAGCUGCGCCAGAUCACAGGUGUGUGCGCAUGCCUGGCGGUUCUGAAACCCCCCCCCCCCCCCAGGUUCUUAAUCCUUUCAGUGAUCACAGAUCAAUGUUGGCAGUAUUAUGAAGCUUAUCAGAGUGGUGCCUAUGUGUUUUUGGAUCUGCCAACAUAAUUUUUAUGGACUGUGGGUUGUUUUCAGACCUUUCUCAUAAUGUUUAUCCAAAAGGGUGUUCUGACGCAAAUGGACUGAGUGUAACUGAAUAGUUUGGUUCAUGCGCUCCUCUUACGUGCAGAGGAAGAUUUCUACGAGAAGCUUGCUGGCUCCAUCGCUCCUGAGAUUUUUGGCCAUGAAGAUGUGAAGAAGGCUCUGCUGCUGCUGCUGGUUGGAGGAGUGCAGCAGGCCCCCAAGGGUAUGAAGAUCAGAGGUGAGCGCAAUAAAACCCUUCCACUGCCCCGCAAUAGCAUUGUCCAUUAGAAUAGCUGCUUUGGCUUUAAUUUUAGUUAACUGCAGUUUUGUAAUGUUCUACUAAUGAUCCUGUUUGGCUCCUUCCAGGCAACAUAAAUAUCUGUCUGAUGGGAGACCCAGGAGUAGCCAAGUCCCAACUGCUGUCUUACAUUGACCGCCUGGCUCCUCGCAGUAAGUACAAUCUUCUGGAACUAUCUGAAAUAUUUAUUCUCCAUGUCUCCUCUCCUUCAUUUGAGCUGGUCCCCGGUCACAAAACUGGUGAAAGCAACAUGCUAAAUGGCCUACCGGAAAUUGACUAAAAGCCUUGAACCCUUUUGCACAUUUGUUGGAUUAAUAUGUAAGGACUUUAACCUAGUAUAGUCAAUGAAACAGAGAGGUCCUCACUCGUAUUCAAGUAAAUAAAGGAAUUAAGUAUGAUUGUAUUUGGCCUCCUGUCACUAUCAUGGACCUAGCCAUGACCAUUCCCCCUGACCCCCUCCAGGCCAGUAUACAACGGGCCGAGGUUCCUCAGGAGUGGGGCUGACGGCAGCGGUGAUGCGUGACCCUCUCACCGGGGAGAUGACCCUGGAGGGCGGAGCACUGGUGCUGGCCGACCAGGGUGUCUGCUGCAUCGACGAGUUUGACAAGAUGGCCGACGCCGACCGCACAGCCAUCCACGAGGUGAUGGAGCAGCAGACCAUCUCCAUCGCCAAGGUGAGCUUUCUCCUCACUCAAAGCCUUAUCUGUCUGGCAACUAACACUUCAGUUGUGUAAGGCUAUUCAUGGAUGCUUUCAGCUGGUUUUAACCAAGGAGAACUGACAAGAUCUUCUACCUGUACAGCAGGUUGUUUAUUUACAUUUUAGUCAUUUAGCAGACGCUCUUAACCCUAAUUGCCCCUGUAAGUCGCUCUGGAUAAGUGCCUUGCUCAAGGGCACAUCGACAGAUUUUUCACCAAGUCGGCUCGGUGAUUAGAACCAGCGACCUUUCGUUUACUGGCACUAUGCUCUUAACCACUAAGCUACCUGCCGCCCAUGACUUUGUCAUUAGUCUUGUCCUGGAGACGGAGCUGAGCGAUUUUCCCCUUAGAUGGGCCAGCUGCAAAGUCAAAAUUGGCUAUAUUAUAAAAAUUCAUGACCCACAAUGUAGCUUUUCGGUCAUCAUUUAAGGUUACACAUUAGGGUUAACAGUAUGGUUAGGGUUAGGUUUUACUUUGACUUUGUGGUUUUGCUAGCAAGGGUCCACUCUGCAGAGCUGCCUCUGGAACAAGAUUCAUGACGAAUAACGCUAGUCUGCCCCGAUAAGACAUCAAAAAUGGCAGUCAAAACACUGAGCUUUUCCCAUAUUCAAUGAGAAUUAGGGUUGAAUAUUUUACAAAUCUUCCACCCCGAGAAUAAAUCCCAGGUAACCCGCCAAACCGGAAGUGUCAUUCAAAAGCAUUAUAAAGCAUAUAAAUAUGUGUGGAUUUGUUUAGAGCUUAGCUUCUAACCUGAUGCUACCAGAGCCAUAUAUUAAAUACAUUUUGAGCCCUUCAUUAAAUAUAUUUUAUGAGCCCAAGGCUCCCGAGUGGCGCAGUGGUCUAAGGCACUGCAUCUCAGUGCACUACAGACCCCCUUGUUUGAUUCCAGGCUGUAUCACAACCGGACGUGAUUGGGAGUCCCAUAGGGCGGCGCACAGCGUCGUCCAGGUUUGGCCGGUGUAGGCCGUCAUUGUAAAUAAGAAUUUGUUCUUAACUGACUUGCUUAGUUAAAUAAAGGUUAAAAAUAUAAAUAAAUGAUUGUGCAGUUAUCCAAUACAUACUCUAUAUCAGGGGUGCUCAGACUUUAGUUACGUAGGAUCUACUUUUUCCACCCUCUUCCUAACGUGUUUUACACUUUUAGCUGUAAAGUGACUUCCAUAUUUCAUUUGAACUGUUUUUUGAAAUGCCUCGACAUUUCCCUUAGCAAGAGCUACGCUUGAAUGGCAGAUCAGACACACAUUUUGAAUAAUCUUCCUCCCACUCACUGUGAAAGUGGUAGAUUUUCGGUUUCUUGCUGCUUGGUCCAGCACUCAUAUUAAAAACCUAACUGCAACUUCAUAGAAAAAAAACUUUAGUAAAAAAAACACAACUACCACUGGAACAACAAAGAAUAUUCUGUUACAGGUCUCGCAAGCGUGGAAGUGUAAACGUACUAACUGCAGACGGUUGCUAUGGUAGCGACAGUUUGGAAAACAAAUGAAGCUAUAGUGCCACAUGUUGGUCCAAUUUUAUGUCAAUCAAAAAUAUAUAUUUGCUGUGCAGUAAUAUUCGACAAAGCUAACCUGUAAGCAACUCAUACGGUGCUUCAGAACUGUGGACCUCAUUAUUUUUAAGCAGACUCGAUGGUAACGCUGUAAAUUGCCUAAAUAUAUAUUUUGAAAACUUUUAUGUGGUCUACUAGAAGUUCGCAGUCCAUCGCGAUCAAUUUCCUGGGCACCAAUGAUCUAUAUGAUAUAGGCUACUGCACAUUACGCAUGAUAGAAAAACAUAAACCCAUAGCUUUUUAUGCAUUCAGAAAGUAUUCAGACCACGUUUUCCACAUUUUGUUACAUUAGAGCCUUAUUCUAAAAUGGAUGAACAUUUUCCCUCAUCAAUCUACACACAAUACCCCUUAAUGACAAAGUGAAAACACACUUUUGCUAUUUUAUAAAAAAUAUACAAACCUUAUUUACAUAAGUAUUCCGACCCUUUGCGAUGAGACUCAAUUGAUCUCGGGUGCAUCCUGUUUCCAUUGAUCAUCCUUGAUACGUUUCUACAACUUGAUUGGAGGCCACCUGUGGUAAAUUCAAUUGAUUGGACAUGAUUUGGAAAGGCACACACCUGUCUAUAUAAGGUCCGACAGUUGACAGUGCAUGUCAGAGUAAAAACCAAGCCAUGAGGUCCAAGGAAUUGUACGUGGAUUGUGUCGAGGCACAGAUCUGAGGAAGAGUACCAAACUAUUUCUGCAGCAUUGAAGGUGUCCAAGAACACAGUGGCCUCCAUCAUUCUUAAAUGGAAGAAGUUAGGAACCACCAAGACUCUUACAUUGACAUUUUAGUCAUUUAGCAGAUGCUCUUAUCCAGAGCGACUUACAGUUAGUCACAUUAUUAUUAUACUUUUUUAAUUUUUUUUUUUCAUACCCCCUGUGGGAAUCGAACCCACAACCCUUCCUCUUCCUAGAGUUGGCCGACUGGCCCAACUGAGCAAUAUUAUAUAUAAUCAGGGGAGAAGGGCCUUGGUCAGGGAGGUGACCAAGAACCCGAUGGUCACCCUGACAGAGCUCCAGAGUUCCUCUGUGGAGAUGGGAGAUCCUUCCAGAAGGACAACCAUCUCUACAGCACUCCACCAAUCAGGCCUUUGUGGUACAGUGGCCAGACGUCUUCACUAUUCAUCUACAAUGUAGAUGAAUAGUGAAGACGUCUGGCCACUGUACCACAAAUAAAAUAAAGAAAAACCCUUGAAUGAGUAUGUGUUCUAAAACUUUUGACCGGUAGUGUAUUUGGAUGACUUAUAAAGUCAGGCACAUUUAACGGUUAGGCUAUUGAUUAUAGACCUAAUUUAAGUUGGUUUCCUCUAAGGCAAGGGCUGUUUUCUCAGCUCCUAACUCCGCUGCUGCCUCCGCCACAUUGUUCUCAACACCAAUAUGCUGGUUAACUUUGCUAUUAUACUUUAUAGGAAAAGGCGCCAAUUCAACAGCACACUGUGUUUCAGAACCGUGGACAGUGACCACUAUCCAGCGUGGGAGGAAGCAUAUUUGUUAUAAAAUAAUAUAAUUUGUAUUUGUUGCACCAUAGUUCUUACACAAUAUAACCAUAUACAAUUUCAGUAGCACAUGCAGUGGUGACAGUAAGUGGGUACUGUGUCCCGGCAAAAUAAAUAGUGGGGGUACACCAUACUGGUAAAACAUGAGCUUAUCGCAAUAAUGAAAACAAAAUAUAAAGACAAUUGUAGGCUGUUACACCAUUAUUUAUCAUUACCAUAUGUCAGAGGCAUGAAGAAUGAGCAAAUUGACUUAAACGGAUGGUAGGCCUUCCCUCCAAAAUGAGAUGUGGUUCACAGAGAACAGACAUUUUGCCAAGCCGGAGAUGAGUGGCGGAGCCGUGCGGACAGCAGUGGAGGCAUUCUGGCAUAAUGACAAUCGUCAAAUGUCACGUUUUGGUGGUUUGUUUGCGUCUUUCCAUUUGUUUGGAGGCUGGAAUUAUGUUGCAAGUGGAUGAAUUUAAAGGACCCCUUUUGAAGUGAUUGACAAUCCGAUAAAAACAUGAGUAGUUGUGUUUAUGCCACAAUAAAAUGUAAUACAUUUAAAAGUUAAACGACAACUCUUUGACUAAGCCCACAGAGAUGCUAUUAAAUUAAUAGGCAUUCUAAAUAUGUUUAUGUGAUUAGGACCCAUGGCCGGGCCCGCCCAAUAGGCAGGAUUAGGCAGCCGCCUAUGGUGGCAGAUUGAAGAGGGAGGCAUUUACUGACCAAGACGUACCUCCAACAAUACAUAACCCCUCACUCACAUUAUUCUGCCUAAAAACAAGAACUUCUCACCCAAUGUCAUGAGGGCUAUUUAGGUGAGUGCUGAUGUCGCCCCAGGCAGGGGAGCAAAAUAUUUAGCUUGACGGUGCCCAGCGCGCCUCUCCAGGGUGCUAUUGGUGAGACGCGGCGCUCAAAUUCAUUUAACAUACAUUAUGUAGCCUACGGUAGAACACGUUGAAGCCUGUGGUUUUUCUGUAGCCCAUAGACUGGGGACCAAAUAUUUUACAAUGUCAUGAGACGGACACUUUCUUAAUCAUUAACUUAUUAAUGAGGAGGGAUAGAAAGAGAGCGUGUGGGAGAAAGUCUACUAAAAAGGCAAGCGGGCAGACGUCAGCUUUGGAGCGAGUGCGGUAUAAUCAAACACAGGUGGACAGCAAAUGGUGCUGAAAGUAAUUCAUUUACAUUGUCUUCGUUUUAAUUGGACUUCACUACGGGGGCUUUGUUGGAGCCUAUUUCUUCCUAUAAAAAAAGGUAGGCCUACCUGUUUGACACUCAAUUAUGCUAUCCAUAGAUUUGUAUGUGUAGCCAAAUCCUUCAAUACUGUCACCAUGCACUCCUUAAAUGCCUCUGUGUCUGGGAAGGGCUUGGAGUGUUGGGUUAAAACCAGAGCUCAAAUUGAGUGAGGGUAUUCCAUACCCUUUGUUAAUGAAAAGGGCAAAAAGGAUAGCUAUUUAACUCUAUAUUUAGAAAUAAGUUUAUAAAAAGUAUCCAGAUAAUAUAAAGCGUUCUAUAACGAUGCUUAAGUCUGUGAUGCCUUAUGCUAGAAACAAGAUUUUAAAAUGCCCACAAGACUCAACUCUGAUGCAUAUGGGGAUGUAUUAAUUUAUCACUAUGACAUUCUGAAGCUGAGCUGCUGCCUUCAAUAUUGGAGGAGACACAAAAUGGACUUUGCUAUCCCUAUUGAUUGAGCUUUUCACUUUCUGAAAAAGAGAUGUUUAAACCCAGGCAGCUUUUAGGGAAGCACUUCUGUUGUUGGGUUAAGGAACGGACGAGCAGCCAGCAGUUGAAGCUUAAAUUGUUCCAUGUCAGUCGAGCCUCUGUCUGGGUGGAAAGGUAACUUUUGAAAGUGCCAUGCUUAGAUUCAUAAGGAUGUCUAUUUAAUUAUUAAACAAGACACUGGUUUGACACUGGAGAAAUGUGUUAAGAAUGCAUUUCUCUGUCUGUUGUUCCCUGAAAUGUCUAUUUUCAUUAUCCACCUUUCUUUUGAGACUUUUUCAGAGGACAUUCUUUCUCUUCAAUGCAAGCAGUUUUUCCCCAAUCAAUGCACAAAGAAAUAUAACUCUUUUAAUAGCGACAUUGGUGAUUUUUAUCAGUGUAAUCAGAUCGAAAAUAUUAGAAUGUUAUUGACAUUGAACUGACAAUAUAGCCUAAUAACCAGAUGUUUUAAUUGGCCUAAGCAUUGGGCUGCUAUUAUGUUCCACCGACUAUUAGCGGAUAAAAAAUGGUCCCAAGGCCAAACCUAUUGCCGACCUCUGCUGUACACUAGCCUAUUCUAGUUUAGUGGGGAUAUGAGGGGGGUGGCCGUUUCUUGUCUCGCCUAGGUCGGCAGAACGUAUUGCUGUCUGUAAUAAAGCCCUUUUUGUGGGGGGAAAAACUCGUUCUGAUUGGCUGGACCAUGGCUGCACCCCUGCCCAGUUGUGUGAAGUCCAUAGAUUAGGGCCUAAUUUAUUUCCAUUGACUGAUUUCCUUCUAUGAACUGUAACUCAGUAAAAUAUUUGAAAUUGUUGAAUGUUGCAUUAAUAUUUUUGUUCAGGUGUGUGUGUAUCCUAUCUAGAACAGGAUUUGAUGAAGAGACUACAAGAGCGCUCACGCGUGCACUGAUGUAAAGCAACGAUAUUCGUGUGAUGGGCUGUUUUAAAACUUUGCAACUGGGCACAUCACCCAUGUUCACCAGGCCCAGCUGCAUUACAAAAUAUCUUUCAAAUAAUAAUAAAGGUGACCCCCCCCCCCCCCCCCCCCCCCCCCGAAAGCCAGAAUUAAACGCGCAUUCGGUCUUUAUAUUACUGUAGCAUAGGCUCUGCUGCAGCAAAUGGAGGCCUACCUGUCACAAGGAAAAAAUGUUACCAUGAUGAGAUGUUAGGUCUACAUGCAUUGUGAGAUGUGCUCCAUACUGAGAUGGGCUGUCUGUCUCCACCCUGAGCGUUGAUUCUUCAUGCAGAUGCUGUAGAGAAGACAGAUUUAGACAUCACAUUUAAUUGAACAGUUCAAUUUCAUGCCAUGCUAUUCAUAUAAAUAAUUAAUUAUAAUUUACCGGUUUCUCGCAGUUAUUUAUCCCGGGAAAAGGGAGUGGUUUUGGGCGGUAAAUCUCGGUAACCGGGUUCCAGCCAUUCAACCCAAAGGAGAAUGUGUGUGACUGACUGACUCAUUCCUUUCCCUGGCCAGGCGGGCAUCAUGACCUCCCUCAACGCCCGCUGCUCCAUCCUGGCGGCCGCUAACCCAGCCUACGGCCGCUACAACCCGCGCAAGACCAUAGAGCAGAACAUCCAGCUGCCAGCCGCCCUUCUCUCCCGUUUCGACCUGCUGUGGCUCAUCCAGGACAAGCCUGAUGCGGAGGCCGAUCUCCGCCUGGCUCAGCACAUCACCUAUGUUCACCAGCACUGCCGCCAGCCACCCACUCACUUCACCCCCAUCGAUAUGAAGCUCAUGAGGUCAGUGGUAACAGAGCCAUGUUUAACAUGCACACCACAUGGCAACUUAUUGCACUUUGUGGUGCUGGAAGUAAAAUAACCAACUAUUUAGUAAUCAGUGACUAGAAAUGUCUCCCACAUGCAUGUUUUAGCUUAUGUGACUAACUAUGCUCUCUCUCCAGGCGUUACAUCUCCCUGUGUAAGAGGCGACAGCCCGUCAUACCCGAGGCGCUGGCUGAUUACAUCACGGCGGCCUACGUGGAGAUGAGGAAGGAGGCGCGUGUCAGCAAGGACUGCACCUUCACCUCCGCCCGUACACUGCUGUCCAUCCUCCGCCUCUCCACCGCCCUGGUGAGACUCCCACCCCAUCCUAAGUACAGGCUCCUUCUACCCUGACUGGGGGGCAUUUUAGGAUGUGGAGUAAGACUGCAUGGUUCGGGGGACAGUCUAUUGCAGCCCAGUGUGUGCUAAAGUGCUUACAGUGCAGGUAGUGGUGAUGCCCAGCCUACCCGCAGUGUGAGCACUUCUUUCACACGCUGGGCACUAGGCCUCGUGUCGACACUCAUGCCCGCACUGACUUCUCUUUUCAAUUACUCCUUCCUGUCCAUUAAGACUGGAGGAAUGUGAUGCUUCUCACUCUGUGGUCUUGUAGCUCCUGGGUGUCAAAAGUGCUGUUUGUGCAGGUAGCUGACUCACCCGCCCUACUGCAAAACCAGCACUUCCCGACACCCCGUCUGCACUGUGCUACAUCUGGGUGGCCACAAGAGGGCAAACCUCUGCCACUCCACUGGGUGACCCUGUACUUAUUGAAAAGGAAAAGGUGCAACCCUUGCUCACCAUUAGAAAUGCAUUGUUUUAUUUAAGCACGGUUAAAAGAUUAAUGUUUCUGCUUUCAUCUGAAUAAUCACACAAAGGAGAUGGACAUGUUCAUAUAAGGCAUGGGUGUUUUGUAGACUACAGGUUGGUCCUCACGGGUACUGUGGUCUGUCUCCACCUGGUGGUAGAAUUCAGAAAAGGGUCAAACAAUUAGGAAGACUAGGCAAGCGUAUUUCCACUGCAGGAGAAAUUGAUGUAAAACCACUACUGUCGAAUACAUCAACAGCAUAGGCAAAAAGGACUAACACUACUGAUUUUUAAACAACAGUUGGUGAGCUAGUGAGCAGGUACAAAUGACUUCAAUAGGCAAUGUUUGACUUUGUUAAAGGGGGGGGGGGGGGUUGACCCAGUACUUACCCCAGUACUUACCCCAGUACUUACCCAACUUCUGUCAUGCUUCUUCCAUGCCCUUUAUGGAGUUUGUGCUGAAUUAAUAUUGUCAUAAUUGUACUCAAGCCUGGGCAUAGUUAAUGUGUGUUAAUCUGUACGUUUUCCUGUCUGGUCCCAGUCAGCUUUGCAGGGUAGGCAGUCAGCCUGUGUUUGUAGGAGCAGCUGUGCAAACCCAUGCAAAACUGACUGUGACAGGAGCCAGUCGUCGCUUGUUGCUUGUUACCUGAAACUGUGACAGGAACCAGCCGUCGCUUGUUGCUUGUUACCUGAAACUGUGACAGGAACCAGCCGUCGCUUGUUACCUGAAAGCCUCCUACAAUACAACCAUGGCAUGUACUAAAUACAGCCACCAUCACUGUUUUACUGAUUCCUAUUGUGUUGAUUGACUGUCAAGCCUCCUCCAUUGGGAGAGACUAGCUGGUGUUGAGAGGCGGAGACUUGGGCAAUUGCCAGCCAUUCCAGAGGGCAUUGCACUUGUCUCGGUCUGACAGUGCCGGCCCAGCGCGACCUACGAUGUCUGAAAGACACUAACAGUUGAAUAUUGCAUUUAUUUUUGGUGUGUGUUCUGUGCUGUAGCCUAUAUAGCUACCUGACCUGUGGUCCCGCUACCCCCUCCUCCCUCCUCUCGUCACAGGCCCGUCUGCGGCUGGUGGACGUGGUGGAGAAAGAGGACGUGAACGAGGCGAUGAGGCUAAUGGAAAUGUCCAAGGACUCCCUGCAGGCCGACAAGUCCAGCACCACCAGGUCAGCUCCUCUCCUCCUCUGUGGGAAACUGCCAACAAGACAGUCCCCGAUGAUGCUGUUAUGCUUUAAUAAGAUCUCUGAGUGGAUGCCUUUGGGUGAGGAUUGGGUUAUAGCAGAGUAGGGGGAUGACUUCAGAUUUAAUAGGUAUUCAGGAGCUAUGCCAGAAGUGGUUCCAUGCCCAGAAGGAGGUGCUUAAAUUCCAGGGUUUUUACUGCCUUCGGUUCACACGACAGUGUGUUUACUGGAGAAGACCUUAAAUCCUGUAGAAAUGUCAGCCGAUAAGUGCUUCGCCACACGUCCCUGUUGACUUCAAAUGUUUUGUCACAUACUACUGUGCUAGUCUACCUGGAGGGAUUCAAAGGAGUUGAUGAUGGGAAGAUGUAAGCAUGUUGCACUGUAUGUUUCGGAAGAGGCAUGGCUAUAUGGCCAAGUGCAUUUGAAGCACAGUUUAGGUCAACGCAAUUUCCUGUACGUUUAAUUGGACAUUGAUUUGAUCCUGUCAGAUAUGCAUUCUGUUUCUGAACAGACCAGUCUGUAGGCCCGAAUUUGUGGGUUUCACCCCAAACCCUGAUCAAAUUCCACGACUUCGGACCCUGAACCUUUUUUUGAUCCCAUUGUUUUCCAGAGCCCAUCGGCCAGCGGAUGUUAUCUUCUCCCUGCUGCGUGAGCUGGCCACGGAGGGUGUGAAGGGCCGUGGUGGGUCCGGGGGCCUGGUGCGCAUGGCAGAGGCCGAACAGCGGUGCGUUUCCCGUGGCUUCACCCCUGCCCAGUUCCAGGAGGCCCUGGAGGAGUAUGAAGAGCUCAACGUGUGGCAAGUCAACCAGGCCCGCACCCGCAUCACCUUCGUCUAAAGCAGGGCGGUUCAAUUCUGGUCCUAGAGGGCCAAAACACUUGUUUUCUUGUUUCUACCUGGUAUUUCAUUUUACUCACCUGGUGUCCCAGGUCUGAAUUAGUCCCUGAUUAGAUGGAGAGGCCUUCCAGGACCAACAUUAAGCUCCCUUCACAGCCACAGGCCUCUUUCACCCAAACCCGGUCAAGGGCUCUGCCUGUGA